AUGAACUGUAGCCGCAACUCAAAAAUAACAAGUAAUUGGACAUGCAAGUGUCAAAAGGCACAGGAUAGAGUUAGGGCAGCCAUAUUCGCUUAUCCGUAUUCUAGAGUUACAGCAGCCGUAUUCGCUUAUCCGUAUUCUAGAGUUAUGGCAGCCGUAUUCACUUAUCCGUAUUCUAGAGUUACGGCACCCGUAUUUGCUUAUCCAUAUUCUAGAGUUACAACAACCGUAUUCACUUAUCCAUAUUCUAGAGUUACGGCAGCCAUAUUCGCUUAUCCGUAUUCCAGAGUUACAGCAGCCGUAUUCGCUUAUCCAUAUUCUAGAGUUAUGGCAGCCGUAUUGGCUUAUCCGUAUUUUAGAGUUAAGGCAGCCGUAUUCGCUUAUCCGUAUUCUAGAGUUACGGCAGCCGUAUUUGCUUAUCCAUAUUCUAGAGUUACGGUAGCCGUAUUUGCUUAUCCAUAUUCUAGAGUUACGGCAGCCGUAUUCGCUUAUCCAUAUUCUAGAGUUACGGCAGCCGUAUUUGCUUAUCCAUAUUCUAGAGUAACUUCAGCCGUAUUCGUGUAUCCACAUUCUAGAGUUACGGCAGCCAUAUUUGCUUAUCUGUAUUCUACAGUCAUGGCAGCCAUAUUCGCUUAUCCAUAUUCUAGAGUUAUGGCAGCCGUAUUCGCUUAUCCAUAUUCUACAGUUAUGGCAGCCGUAUUCGCUUAUCCAUAUUCUACAGUUAUGGCAGCCGUAUUCGCUUAUCCAUAUUCUAGAGUAAUGGCAGCCGAGUUACAGCAGCCGUAUUCGCUUAUCCAUAUUCUAGAGUUACGGCAGCCGUAUUCACUUAUCCAUAUUCUAGAGUUAAGGCAGCAGUAUUCGCUUAUCAAUAUUCUACAGUUACGGCAGCCAUAUUUGCUUAUCCAUAUUCUAGAGUUACGGCAACCGUAUUCACUUAUCCAUAUUCAAGAGUUACGGCAACCGUAUUCGCUUAUCCAUAUUUAA